UGGACGCGUCCGACGUUGCCCCGCGCGUUGUGCGCAUGCGCAGUGUCAAGAUGGUGGGGCUGGAUGUGGAUUUCAGGGACCGGCAGCUGAGGCGGCGGCAGCAGAUGCUGCAGCAGCGUCAAGGUAACCAGGUCUGGCGCCUGCCCCGCGGGGCCCGCUGCCCCUCAGCCUGGGCCCCGUUCCAGGGCCAGCGCCAGCAGCCGUGGCCAGUCGCUCGCAGGAAGAGAGCGGCCGGCUCUGGGCAGCGGGGAUGGCAGCCGCGGCCAAGGACGGCAGCCGCCCCCAAGGCGAAAGCAGCCGGUGGGAGCGCGGCAUCGGGCCCUAAGGCUAAGGCGGCUGGAGCGGCAGACCCCAAGGUGGCUGGCGGGAGCGCGGGGGCAGGGAGCGCGGUGGGUCCAGCAAUGACGACGGCCUCAGGCGGGAGCGCAGCGGCGGCGGCGGCCCCAGACCCCGCGGUGAAGGUGGCUGGUGGGAGCGUGACCAUGGUGGUGGCAGCCUCGGGCCCCAUGGUGAAGGUGGCUGGCGGGAGCGUGACCAUGGUAGCCCCGGGCCCCCCAGCAAAGGUGGACGCUGGGAGAGUGGGGGAGAUGAUGGUGGUGGGUUUGGGUCCUGGGGUGAAGGAGGCUGAUCCCAGCACAGCGGAGACGACAUUGAAGGUGGCUGGUGGGACGGUGACGAGGACAGCAGCAACCUCAGGCCCUACGGUGAAGGUGGCUGGUGGGAGCACAGUGACCUCAGGCCCUGCGGUGAUGUCGGCGGCCUCAAGCUCUGGGGCGCUGGGCCCCGCGGCGAAGGUGGCCAAUGAGAUCAUUCAGUCUCCCUCUUUUGGGUCACAGGCGGCCACCCCACUGCCAAAAGACAACAGUGGGAUAUCUGUAUCUACAGUGGAGCCCAACAGCAGCAGCACAUUGGCUUUCAAGGGUUCUGUGGUUUCAAUGACAGCCACAAAGAGACACAACAACAAUGUCCCUGUGUGUGGGACUCCAGCAGCCAAGCUCCUCAAAUUGCCUGGGCCUGAUGACAACCAUAGUCCAGCCCUUUUGGAAGCCUUCAAGGCUGUGGUAGCAGCUGGUGGGAGUGGCUGGCUGGACCCAGUGGCAGUGGCUGCAGUGAAAACAGAACUGGAAGUGGGCUGUUCCUUUGAGGAGGACCUGGGAAGUGGGAGCAGAGAGACAAGUGGCAAGAGCAGUGAGCCACAGCAACUCACCUGGACCCCCACCCUACUUGUGACAGAACGCAAGAGAAAGAAGAAGCCUAUUAGUCAGGAGCGCACAACCUUAGUGAACCUUGUACCAUGCACUGAGGAUAGGAUAAAGGAGCCUAAGCCCAACCCCCUGGGAUCAGAGGACCAAGCAGAGGCCUACAAUAUGGAGCCCCUGUUGUCAUUUUUCCCACCAGAUUCCCCCAUUAGAGGCAUGGUACCAGGUGGUGAUAACUUUUUGCAAGCUGAACCAAAGGAAAUAUGGAUUUGCGGCCAUUCUGUGAUUUUGGUGACAAAGAGGAGGGCAAGCACUCACCCCCAUGGGCUGCAGCUGGGUUUCCCAAGUUCGAGUGCAUUUUUGUAUUGGCAUGGCAUACAGGCAAUGCUGUGGGAUCAGCUCUUGCCUCUUCUUCAUGAAAUUUAUUGUCUCAGGUCUUUUCCAUCAAUUAUAGUAAUUCACCUUGGGGAAAAUGAUCUUGUGCAACACACCAGUAUGUCACUUAUUGUCAAAAUGAAAAAUGACUUGGGCAUCCUUAGAAGGGCCUUCCCUGAUGCCCAUAUAAUUUGGUCUUCACUGUUGCCAAGGCGUUUUUGGAAAGGAGCCGAAAAACCAGUGAGUAUAGAAAAGGCACGGAAGGGGAUUAACAGGGAAAUGUCCCAUUAUUGCAGUGAAAAUGGCAUAAUGUUUUUGAGACAUGAUUUAAUCACUUAUGAUAAGCCAAACAUGUUCCUGCCUGAUGUAGAUGACCUGUCUGAUGUAGGAGCUGAUGUUUUUACAGCAGAUUUAAAAGGGGCCCUACAUUCCUGCCUGGGUUUUGGUAAAGGCUAAUCUGCUUUUGUCUGGGGAAAUGAAUUUUUCAGGACUGUUCCAUGACAUCCCAUCUGUGCACGGGAGUCUAGGAUUUGGGGGGCAGGGAGGGAGAUGGUCAUACCAGUUGAAAGUUAAAGCUUCGUUGCUUUCAACUGGCAGGAAGGAGCAUUUUGCAGUUGCGUCCACAUCCUGUUGUCCUUGGCAAGUUCUUGAUGUGGCGGAAGUUAAGGUGGGUUUGGGUUGCCCAUCCAUGGAGUUUCACAGGUCUGUCAGGUCUGUGCACAAAAGACUGUAGUAACUAUGGAUUUACCGCCCCCCCCCUUCCCCUGUGAAGAGGGGAGACUGGACAGAUACAUAACCUCUGAGCGAGUUAAUGUUCAUUGUGUUAAUUUUGUUCAUUUUGAUCCCUCAUAGCAGUAUUCUUGUAGACAAUAAGAUGUAAUUCAGGAUUAACGAGUUUCAGAUGGCUCGUUCACAUAUUUCUAUCUUAAAUUAGAUGUGUGUGGAAUAAACAUUUUGUUUGU